AUGCGAACUAGGAAACGUUUAUUGUCUAUUCGGCUUGCUCUUAUCAGCGCUGCCUGUGCACUGUUUCUCCUCUAUGGAGAUCUUUUACUCCCUUCGCUCUCGACCGGUUCCACCAAAAUCAAUCCAUUAUCUUCGUCUCUGUCAAAUGUUGAGGCCGUCCAACUUUUGGGUCAUCCAACCUUCAAAGAUGCCUGGGAAUACGAACGAAAGCUGCCGCAGCACAAGAAGUCAAGCAGAAUAGUAGCAAGCUCGACACGGAGGUACCUACGAAUUCCACACGCCUCAUGGGGAACAGGCUGGAACAACGUUUUCCAAGAGCAACUGUUGAAUGCCUAUCUGGCGCACAUGAGCGACAGGGCCUACGUCUUUCCCGACUACAUUCCUCGGGACCAUGUCCCAUUUCCCGAUAUGCUCGCCAACGGCACGAGGCACAUGCUUCAUAUUCCGAUGAACGCUUUUGUCGCUGGGCCCAUUGCUGGCGGACCUUUAUUCGAUGACCCAGCCGAGGAUAUCAUUACUAGACGCUCCAUUUCAGACAAAUGGUGGGAAGCAGUGUGUCCACGGGAGCAAGUCAAAGUCCUCAACGUAUUCGAAGUUCACAACAGUUUUGGAUAUGAUGCCCAACGGGUUGAAGGAGCGGAGAUCCUGACAAGAUGGGCAAAGAAACUGAAAGACCUGGAGGAACCAUGCGUGAGUGUUGAGGAAUUCUCGAUAUUGCAUUACGGACUCAUUGGUAGCCCAUGGAUUGUCAGUAUAUGGCCGUCGUAUGUUGCUUCGCCGUUUCUCCAAAACUUCGCUUGGUCACCACUGGUAACAUCGGCACUCUUCAGCAACAUCCGUAUUAUUGCUCCUGGCCAAAUCACCCCGCCAAUAUAUCUCCGACCUAUUCGAGCACUCUCAUUGCAGGUGAACUCAUAUGAGUCCUUCCGACCUCUUCGCGCAUCAUCCCUCAGAUUCCCCAUCUCGGGUCUUCUGGGCCUCCAUGUCCGGCGGGGAGACUACGCGCAUCAUUGUGUCAUGCUUUCAGGCGGCGGGUAUGAUUAUAAUGCGUGGAACAACCUCGGGAAGCCAGGUCUCGUUGCAAACGCAAGUGCUGUCGCUCAACGUUGGCUUGGAUUUGGCGGAGAAUCGGCGAUUUGGCCAAAGCUCGCCGAGGAUCGGGACGUUCCUGAUGGACUGUCAACCCAGGAUGCGCUUUACCAACACUGCUACCCAGACAUCGCGCAUAUCGUGAAACGGUCAGCAGAUGCAAGAGCAAAAGCCCCGCUUACCCGCAUCUUCAUUGCCACCAACGGGGAGAAAGACUGGGUCACAAACCUAACGAGAGCGCUUUAUGACGAUGGCUGGGAACAUGUUUCGACGUUGCACGACCUGAAAUUGACGCCGGAGGCUUAUGCGGUCAGCCAUGCCGUCGACAUGGGCAUCUUGAGCGUGUUGGCGGAGGAGUUUAUCGGAGUAGGCUUCUCUUCCUUGUCGAGCAAUGUGGCUCAAAUACGGUUGGGGACUGGGUUAGACGAAAGGACGAUACACUUUUGGUGA